AUGGACGUAUCAGAGCCUUCAAGGACAGAUCAAGACAGGGUCCAGGCUCUCGAAAGCACUCCUGUCGACGACCACACACAUUCUUCGACCGAAAACGCCCCCUUGUUCCAAGAAAUUCGCCGAUACCCCAAGAUCGUGGCCUACUCCUUCGGUCUUGCCCUUGCAUUCCUCCUAACGGGGUAUGACACCGUUAUUCUCGGAACCAUCACGGCCGUCCCGUACUUCAAACGUGAAUUCGGAGAGCUAUACCACGGCGCCUAUAUCAUCCCUUCAGCAUGGCUAUCCGUAUGGAGUGCAAUGGCGCCCAUUGGCUCCAUGGUCGGCGCAGCAGCAGCAGGCUGGAUGCAAGAUCGUCUGGGUCGUCGAUGGUCGCUGGCUUGGAGCUGUGUCAUUUGUGCAGUGGGCAUUGCCAUUGCAUUCUGCUCGAAUCUGCCGACCGCAAUGAACUCCCGUCGGGGUGCGUUUCUUGUUGGAAGAUUCAUUCAGGGAUGGGGUGUUGGAGGCGCUAUGGCUGGAGCGCAGACGUACCUCUCGGAGACGGUCCCAACGAGUCUGCGUGGCUCUGCCAUGGCACUUUCGCCAACUUUUAUGUUGUUGGGAGAGCUCAUCGGAGCUGCUGUUAUUUUUGCUUGCGAAAAAAAGAAGUCUGCCGCUGCGUAUCUCUUGCCGUUUGGUACACAGUGGAUUUUCACUGUCCUACCUUUCGUGCUCGCGAUUAUUCUUCCCGAGAGUCCAUCUUAUUUGAUCCGGAAGGGGGAGUAUGAGAAAGCCCAUAACUCCAUGAAAUCUUUGCACGGCUCGCAUGUUGAUGUGACGCCUCUUCUUGCUCAGAUGCGUGUCUCAAUUGUCCAUGAGCAGCAACUGUCCCGUGAGCUGUCAUAUCUCGACUGCUUCAAGGGAAUUAAUCGUCGCAGAACGGCAAUCGUGUCCUUUGCACUUGUGAUUCCGAGUCUCUUUGGUGUGCCCCUUCUAGCCAGCGCCAGCUACUUUAUGCAGGUAGUUGGAAUGUCUUCGAGUACUAGUAUCAUUGUCCUUAUCUUGGGUAUUGUGCUAGGUCUCUUAGCGAAUGGGGUCGGUGUCUGGCUUAUGAGUCGUUUUGGAAGACGACGCCUAAUGCUUAUCACGCUGGGAGUCACAACUGCCUUGUGGACAAGUAUGGGAGUUGCUGGAUGUUGGUCAGGUAACAUCGUUAUCUGGUAUACCGCAGCUUGUAUGAUGGCAGUAGUCGUGGUUUGUGGAAUGGGAGCCUGGCCAGCCUCUUUCGCAGUGGCUGGUGAAGCAUCGAAUUUGCGUCUCCGUGCUAAGACUCAAGGUAUCGGUGUCUUAUGCUACAUGCUUUCGAACGUUGUCUUCAACCUUGUGCUGCCUUAUAUCUACAACACGGACGCAGGAGACCUCAAGGGAAAGACUGGAUUUGUCUAUGGUGGACUGUGUCUGCUGGCCUUUGCAGUGACGUGGUUGGCUGUUCCUGACAUGAAGGGCCGGACCGCUUUGGAGAUUGAUACGAUGUUUGAGAGCAAUCUGCCUUGUCGCAAGUUCAAGAAUUGGUCUCCUGAUAUUACCGACCUCAAAGAGGGCGCUGUAUAA